AUGGAGAUGGCACGAAUCUUAGAUAUACCAAAAUUCAAUAAACCUACAACACACUUGGAGUCUCCGACAGAAAUCAAGCAAAGGAAACGUGAUCCCAUCAGACAGAUCCUUGACAGUUUGUGUGAAAAUUCGACUUCAAAUUCCAAAAUUCCCGAAGAAAACGCGGACAGUGCUUUUACACCAAUUAUAAAGAGCGGUGCAUCACCGGAGUUUCUUCCAGAAAGAACUCAGAGCUUUCGUUAUCGAGGGUCAAACACGCAUGCGUUAUCGGCAUUUCCGGCCCCUGGACCUCAGACAUCAUUUCUUCAUCCUGCCUCCAUUUUGUCAAAAACGACACUGACAUCUUUAUACAGCGAAGUGACAAACAUGGUACCAUGUCCAUCAACGCACGCGUACUCUCGUGACUCGUUAUAUUUACAAGAACUCUCGCGCAUGUGCCAUCAGCACCAGCAAUACUUGUUGACUAAACAAUAUUCAGAUUACAGGCGACAGCCGAUAUCGACUUCCAAUAUAGAUGGCGCUCUUACAAACCAAACACAAUGGCUGCCAUGGCUGGAUGCUGCGUACUUUCUGAAUUCAGGACACGAGACAUCACGAGAUUUAGCUAUCAAACCCGAGAUCGCAAAUAAGACGUCCAGGAUACCAGUGUCUCCUCCCAGGUACCAUUGUGAUGACUGCAAAAAGAGCUACUCAACAUAUGGUGGGCUAUCGAAACACAAACAGUUCCAUUGUGUCACAAACGUAAAGAAGGAAUUCAGCUGUAAAUUUUGUGGCAAAUCUUACGGUUCCUUAGGAGCGUUGAAAAUGCAUAUCCGGACACAUACGUUACCAUGUAAAUGUAAACUUUGCGGGAAGGCGUUUUCACGCCCGUGGCUCCUUCAGGGCCACAUUAGGACCCACACAGGUGAAAAACCUUUCCGCUGCGAACAUUGUGGCCGGGCUUUUGCAGAUCGGUCGAAUCUUAGGGCACAUCUUCAGACACAUUCCGAUAUUAAGAAAUAUGCCUGCAAAAACUGUAACAAGACUUUUUCCAGAAUGUCCUUGUUGUCUAAACAUCGGGAAAAUAACAACUGUAGCCUUCCUCGGUAG